UAGUUUUAUUUUUGUCUUGCAAAUAAAAAAAUAUAUUGAUCGCUUGAUUAUACUUUGGAAGAUGACUUCAUUUUAUCGUAUGACGUAAUACACUUCCAGACUAUUUUAACUUUCGCAAACUCCUCUCGUGUUUCAGUAGUAAAGAAACACUUCAAAAACGAGCAUCAACAUUUCACACUCCUUUAAAUUUCUUUAUUUAUAAAAUGACUUAAAAAUUGUUUGAACUCCCUUAAAAUGUUUACCAAAGAAAAUAUUUGAAUAAUAAGUAUAAAAUAGAUAAAAAUAAUUAUAAAAAUCACAAUUCUAAAAAUACACCACAAUAACAAAACUAAUAGUUUAAAAAAAGUAUUUUAAAAAUAUUCCACCAGUGUUAAAAAAAGUUUGUUUUGAAAAUUAAAAAAAAUGAUUGCUAUCUACCUAUUGUUAUUCAUUGUUGCUACAAUCAGCCUUCUAGUAUUUACUCAUCGUUAUCGAAAUUAUUGGACAAGGAAAGGAGUAGUUCCUCACGCAAAACCGGUUCCACUAUUCGGAAAUACUUUGGAAGUGAUGUUUAAACGAACUCUUUCAGCACCCGAAUUUAUCAAUCAAAUAUAUAAUCUAUUCCCAACUUCUAAAUACACCGGUAUAAUGCAAUUUCAUACACCACUAAUUGUCCUCCGAGAUCCUGAAUUAAUAAAAGAAAUUUGCAUCAAAGACUUUGAUAAUUUUCCCGAUCAUAAUAAUUUUUUCUCCGAAGAUGCAGAUCCAUUGUUUGGAAAGAAUUUAUUCGUUCUUCGCGGUGCAAGAUGGAAAGAAAUGAGAAAUACAUUAUCGCCAACAUUCACAGCAAGUAAAAUGAAAUUCAUGUUUACAUUAAUAUCAAAAUCAAGUGAAAACUUUGUGAAUUAUUUUUUGAAUAAAGAAGAGGAAAUUUUGACUAUCGAAAUGAAGGAUGCAUUUACGAGAUAUACAAAUGAUGUCAUAGCAACAGCAGCUUUUGGAAUCAGUGUAAAUUCUUUACAAGAUCGUGACAAUGAAUUUUAUAUGAAAGGAAAGGAUGCAACAAAUUUUAGUAGUUUUCUCCGAGGAUUAAAAUUUGUUGCUCUACGUUAUUGUGGACCAAUUAUGAAGUUACUUGGUGAAAAAGUAAUGUCACGUUCGGCGACAAAUUUCUUCACUCAAAUUAUUCAAGAAACGGUGAAAAUAAGAAAGGAGAAAAAUAUAGUUCGUCCUGAUAUGAUUCAUUUAUUAAUAGAGGCUAGCCGCAAUGAAAAUGGUGUUGAAGUGACAAUUGACGAUAUUAUUGCUCAUUCAAUUAUAUUUUUUCUUGCAGGAUUCUCUACAUCGGCAAUAGUAAUGGGAUUUGCGGCGCAUGAAUUGGCUAUGAAUCAGGACGUGCAGGAUAAACUCCGCGAGGAAGUGGAUCAUUUCACAAAAGAAGAAAAUGGUGAAAUUUCAUAUGACACACUUUCAAAGAUGAAAUAUUUAGAUAGUGUAAUUUCGGAAACACUUCGAAAAUAUCCACCAAACGCAAUGAUGGAUAGAUUGUGCGUCAAAAAAUACACUCUACCAAAAGCUACACCAGACAGCAAGGAAUACACCAUUGAACCAAACUCCAUGAUAUGGUUACCAAUAUACGCCUUGCACCAUGAUGAAAAAUACUUUCCAGAUCCAGAAAAAUUUGAUCCUGAGAGAUUCAAUGAUGAGAACAAGGACAAAAUUAAUCCGUACGCGUAUAUUCCGUUUGGAGUUGGCCCGAGGAAGUGCAUCGGUAACAGAUUUGCCUUAAUGGAAAUAAAAGUUCUAUUUGUUCAUUUACUACAAAAUUUUAUUCUCCAAAGAGAUGAAAGAAUGAAGCAUCCUGUAAAAUUUGAGAAAGGUUUCGUUGUCGGUGCUGAAGGUGAAUUAUGGAUUAAGUUAAAGAAAAGAAAUUCAGAACUGUGAAGCACCGAUUUUUCAGUAUUUACAAUAUUGACUUUGUAAAAAAAACAUUUUCAUUCACAAAAUUUGUUUAAUCGAUCUAUUCUAUCCAAACACUGUUUAAAACAUCAUAACCUAUUUCUACCUUUUCUACUUUUUCCAUUUUUUAUAAACGUAUUUAUCACGUAUUUAUUAAUUAUUGAUAUAAUUGUAUAAGAUUGUUUGAAUCAUAUCUGAUCUCGAAACAGAAACUCUUUUACAGAUUACUACUGAUAAUAAAUCUUUUUAAUAAAUUGCAAUAAGCUUAAAACCUUUUGUCUCUUUUCACUCCUCAAUAAUUGA